AUGUCAGGAACUCUGUCGGGGUCAGAGCCCAGAUCCACCACACGUGCAGGCGCUUUGUAUAGGUUAGAGCUCGACUCAAUAAUCUACUGGGGAAGAGCCCAGUGCAACGAUCUACUGGGUCUGGCCCUCAAUCUGCAGAACAAGCCGACUAGUCAGAGUACAACUACUAAUCCAGCUGAUUCGCUUCCAGAGAAUGCAGUAGAUGGCGAUCGAACAACCUUUUCACACACAAAUAAUGGCCCGGAUCAGUGGUGGAGAGUAGAUCUUGAGGCUAUUUACUGCUUGAAGAAAAUUACAAUAAUCAACAGAGUCGAUGGCGGGGGUUACAGAUUAGCAGGUGCUGUGGUGCGGGCUGGUUUGGAUCCAUCAGAUUUCUCGCAGAACACACAGAUAGGAGAUGCAGUCACAAGUUCUCAGGCAACUAACGGAGCAGUGAUUGAUUUCAUCGCGGAUCCCAUCGUCUCCGCUCGAUACGUCAGUGUGCAAAAAACAACUGGUAUUCUGAGCCUGGCCGAAGUCAUGGUGGAGGAAAUCCAAGACACUGAGGAGACUUCCUCUGUUGCAGGCGGUGUAGAUUUUACUCUGGUUGCUAAUCCUGCUCGGCUUGGAGCCACAGGUGACAACGAUGCAACUUUAGCAGCCUACAAAAGUCCAACAGACAUCGCCGCUGCUGUCUCAUUUGGUCGCCAAUUGACGACAGGAGGGAGCAAUGACAACCUUCCUGCAGGAUCGUCUGGGUUUUAUGAUGCCAACUUGGGAUGUGCAGCCAGGUUGCUUAGCUUACCACAGGGCGAUGGGAUUGACAGAACAGGUGUCUUCUACGGCACUGCAGCUCUAAACGGCAUGGCUACCACGAUACGCACAGUGAUCUUACGCAAAGAUGGUACCAUUCACACACGUCCAGUUCUUCGAACACAGACAGCAAGUAUUGGAGAAUCGGUUACUCUGCAGAUGGAGGAUGUGGAUUCACCGAGCACCGACUACAGAUGGAAGCACAAUGCAAACAGCGUGCAGGAAUGGGAUGGCAUGCUGAGCAUGACUAUCGGGAAUGUCAGCAAGACCAAUGAGGGGAUAUACAGCUGCUUCAUAGAUGGUGAAGAAGAUCAGCAACUCCAUGGCUUCAUGAGACUCAUCGUAAGAGAAUGCGCAGCUGGUAUGUGGGGCCCGUCUUCAUGUCAGAACACCUGUCGUCGAUGCUACAAUGUAGGUAUCUGUGAUGACAAGACGGGAACGUGUAUCUGCGCUCCAGGAUUCAGUGGAGAAUAUUGUCAGCAAGUUCACGGGCGUCACGUCUUUGGCCAGAAUGCUAGUCAUACCUGUUCUGAUAGCACUGAUCCACACAACGACGCUUGCCGGGGUCGUUUGUUUUGUCUUCCUGAUCCUUACGGAUGCUCCUGUGCUGCUGGGUAUAUGGGACUAGACUGUAUGCAAGAAUGUACUGAAGGGAAGUAUGGUGCCGACUGUAAGCAAACAUGUCACUGUUCAUCUGGUGAUUCCUGUGAGAAGGAUACGGGAGAAUGUACUGGAAAUUGCGUACCACCAUAUUUCGGAAGUAACUGUCAGUGUUCUACUGACAAUGGCGUUCUGGGGCUAAAAGUGCUUUCAGACGAUCCUCAUCAACUCCAAGUUUCCUGGCAACCAGAUGCAUGUGUCUCUGGCUACAUACUGGAGUAUGCAUUGACGAACAGGGGCCAAUGUGAAGAGAUUGAAUCUCCACAGCGGGUACCACUUCCAGGUCCAGUCGAUGGUCAAACUACCAGUCAUGUCAUCACUGGUUUGAUAUCUCGUUCAACCUAUAUGGUUUACAUUCGCCCACAGUACAGUAGUACGGAAGGACCUGAUGUGUCGACAUCUGAAACCACACUAAGAGAUGAUAAUCCUUCCGUUUCCCCUGUGGUGGUGACUUCUUACGAUUCUGCCAGUAUCACACUCAGCUGGCGUGAGGUGUAUUGUGCCAACUACUCCGUCCAGUAUGCACUGACAAACAAAGAUGGUUGUGAAACUAUCUACCCGCUAAACUUCAUCCAGCACUGCCAGUGUUCUGGAACUAAUUCGACGGUAAUACCAAAUCUCUUGGUCAAUUCGAUAUAUGAGAUGCGGGUCCGCGCCUUUGUGGAUGGAAGCGAGGGUAUACUAGCACAAGUGAGCGUUCCAACAGGUACCAAAGAACCGUCUGCUCCACCACAGCAAGUGACCGUCACUUCAACGGCGAAACGUAGCCUGACUUUCUCCUGGAAUCAGCCAGCGUGUGGAAGCCGAGGUGGCAUCAUCACAGGCUACACGUACACGCUGAGUGGACCAGGAUCACAACUCAUCUUAGAUGUAUCAACAGCCGAACAAGUUGAGAUAGAUGGCUUAAUCCCCUUCACUGACUACAGUUUUCAAGUUGCCGCAAACAACAGUGUUGGGUUCGGGCCGUAUAGUGGCGUCGUCGUUCAGAGAACUGAUGAAGCGGAGCCCACAGUUCCCUUGAAUGUCGUCAUUCAGAACGUUGAUGACGUAUCCAUCACUCUCCAAUGGUCAGAGCCCGACCCUCCACAAGGAAUCAUCUCCAAUUACAACGUUAGGUACUGGAGGAGUGGACAGUCAGGAAACCCAACGGUUAUCAACGACGUGGUGCAGUUGAUGCAUGAUAUAACGGGCCUUGAUACGAACGUUACUUACCUCGUGCAGGUGCAAGCCGAGACGUCAGUUGGUGCAGGACCCUGGAGUGCAGAAGUAACUGCAACGACCUACGUAGGAGUACCUGGACCUAUCCAGAAUAUUCAUUGGACCGACAGGACUGAUUCCACAAUCACCUUAGACUGGGAGCCACUGAUACAACCAAGAGGACAGAUCCAAAGAUACGUUGUACGCCACAGAAACCUGUCUAGACCUCAUUCACAGGUCAAGACGAGCACUGCAGUUGACGAUUACUCACGAAUCGAGGUGGAGAGUCCGCCAUUUGUGAAAGAAAAUCUGGAACCUGGUACAAAGUAUGAGUUCAGAGUGGCAGCGGAGAAUCAGUUGUUCAUAGGACCCGAUACAGUCUUGGAAGUUUAUACCAAACCACAAUCAGAUUUGCCUGCACCACCGCAGCCGAUUUCAAACCAAGAAGACACCACAGAUACUACCGUCACUAUUAGUAUAACUACCGCAGUAUCUGGUGAUGACUUCAUUGAAUCGUACGUCGUUCAUGUCAAGAAAACCAGGUCUUCAUCUGUGACCAGGAGAGAUGUUCUUAUUCCAAGUCAUUUCGAGGAUUCCCCCAAUGACUACAUAGCAGCAGAACUCCCUAAAGGGGGCGUGCCCGACAAAUUUGUAGUGGGGGACACCAAAAUGUACGGUGGUUACUAUAACGCCCCGCUGCAAACGGGUGCUGUGUACAACAUUCGUGUUGGGUCUGUCAGUAAGGGCAACGAAUCGGAGGCCUAUGUUGCAUUUUCGGAUCCACUUACAGUCACAGUACAAGAAUCAAGUUCGGGACCAAAUAUCGCAGCUAUUGUUCUCGGAGUUCUCUUUUCCGUCUUGUUUGUGAUUUGCGUCGUUGCAUUCAUCUUGUGGAAAAAACGCAUCGCAGCUCGCCCCCGGGAAACUGCUACUGAAAUGGUUCUAUCUGAAAACCCAAAAACUGCAAUCAACAAAAGGGAGUCACAACGUAGGCAUAUGGACAACACCGACCCCGUUGCAUACGAAAAUGUUGGGAUUCUCCCAAGCUGGGCGUCUAAACUGGAAAUCAAACGGGGGAAUUUGAUCAUCGAUGAUGAGAUUCUUGGUAAGGGUAACUUCGGCGAGGUACGGGCAGGAGGCGUGAGGAUCAGAGGCCGAGUCACCAAAGCAGCCAUCAAAACAAUGAAAGGGAGUGUUUCAGAAUCUACACGGGAUGAUUUUCUGAAGGAAAUACAGACGAUGGCAGCCAUUGAGCCCCAUCCCAAUAUCGUUGGUCUACUGGGUGCAUGCAUGCAUGAAGCAAUUCUGUACGUGGCGCUUGAGUUUCUACCUAAUGGCAACCUCCGGGAUUAUCUGAGGAGUACUCGCCCUAAGCAGCAAGGGGCAGAUGGCUCUCAAGAUGAUGUGUCACCGCUGACUUCUUCCAACCUGCUCAAGUUUAGUCUGGAUGUGGCCAAAGGAAUGGAACAUCUGUCCAACACGGGGAUAAUCCACCGUGAUUUGGCAGCAAGGAACAUCCUUCUCUCUGAAGAUCUGACCGCCAAAGUGUCGGACUUUGGCCUUUCCAGAGGAGAAGACAUCUAUGUCCAGAAAUCUUCGACCAGGAUUCCCGUUCGCUGGUUGGCCAUCGAAUCAUUGACGCGUCGUGUCUACAAGUCCAAGAGCGAUGUGUGGUCCUUUGGCAUCUUACUCUGGGAGAUCGUUACGUACGGAUCCACUCCAUACCCUGGUAUUGAGAGCAAGUCACUGGCCCAAAGACUGCUGGAUGGAUACCGCAUGCCCAAGCCGGACAACUGCGCUGAUGAAAUUUACGAUGUGAUGUUGAAGUGCUGGCAGGAGCAACCUAGCAACCGACCCAGUUUCAGAAAACUGGUCGAAAUUCUGGAGGAAAUCAGCAGCAAACCGGAUGCAAAUGUGUACGUGUCCGCGACUGUCUACGAGAAUUUCGUCAUCAAGCACGAUUUUGACGAUAACUAGAUGACCAUGAUGAUCGUUUUUAUGUUCGAA